UAAUUGUUAUUUGUUCCCCGUGCCCCGUGUUUUUUUUUUCGCAUCUAGUAGUCCUUGUGCCCGUCGAACGGAAGUGUCAAACCCACCAGUGCCAGUCGCCCCAGUUGUGUAGUCAGUAGGAGCAUAGGAUUCCACAUUUCCACACAGGACAGACCCGUUUGCUGCUCUCUGCCCGGCAAACACAAAAAUUUAGUGAAUAUUUUCUACACUUUUUUUUUCGGUUGUGUUUUCUUUUUUAAUUUGAUAAAGUCACGUUGUGCCGACCGGUAUUGUAAUUCGGCUCGGUUUUCGUUGUUCGUCGGGGGUCUGGUGACCUUGCGCGACCCGCACCAUGGACCUGCGCAGCUGGCGUAAGGUCCUCAUCCAGUGGGUGAUAGAGUGUCGCUUCAUCGAACACAACUUUAUCACACUGGAGCAGUCGGACAUCGAUGCCUUCUUCUCGAUCUACGUGCAAAAGGCCCAGGUGGCGCCGGUGGAGGAGGAGGACGCGCUGCCGGCCCAGCCCGAGGAGCACCGCUCCCCCCUGCAGAACUUCCUGAGAGAUCAUUAUCCAGAGUUCAGUGCCCAUAUAGAUGGCCGUGGACAACUCGUGACCGCGGACUACUUGUACGUCUACACGCUGCUCCUGCAUUACUCCUGCGUGAAGCAGCCCAGCGUGUUCAUCCACAGCAUCUGCAAGAAGCUGCCGGAGCUAGUGCAGACCUGCAUCGCCAACUUCUUCGGCCAGACGUUGGAGCAGCAGUUGACGCGCCAAUUUCUCCGCCAGUCUAUGAGCAAUGUGGCUGUGACUUUCCGCCAGGGCGUCGAGAUCAGCCCCAAUCGUCCGAGCUGCGGCCCCAUGAGUCCCGAACAGGCCAUUGACACCACACCGGGCACAGCCUCGUCCACAUCCGCAUCGCCUCGGCCGCCGAGCAGCACGCCACAGAUCCGUCAUCGCGAUCGCAAGCGCCUCCAGAUGUCCGCCAACGAGAUGCCAGCUCCGCCCACACCCAGGAGCGAGCUGCUGGAGCAGCGUACCCGGGAGCUGCGCGGUGUUCGGGCCCAGCUGGAGGUGUUGUCCUACGAGAAGACCGUGCUCGAGGAGCAGCAAGCGGAGAAGGAGGACCUGAUUAAAUCGCUAAGCAAAGAAAACAUAAUGGCCAAGAGUCAACUGGCCAAGCUCAAGAACGCCGUCCAGAAUGGUGAGAAUGCCGACGAUUCCGUGACGGACAACGUGCCAAAUGAGUUCGAUCAUCUGAAGCGGAGCCUGAUGAAGGAAAUCAGCCAAAAGGAGGCCAUUAUCGCCGAGACCAACGAUAAGCUACAGGAUUUGCGCGCCGAAAAAUCCGAGCUGGUCGAGGAGCUUAAAGCGUCCGGGGACAAACUUCUCGCGUGCGUGGACAGAAUCCGGGAGCUGGAACAGCGCCUGGAGGAAUCCAUCCUGAUUGUAUCUUCCAGAGAAGAUACAAUCAUCUGCUUGGAGCGCGACAAGCAGGAGCUGGAUCGUUGUCUACAGGAAGCGCGCGAGGAGUUACACAACCGACGUGAGGUUCUAAAUGCGUCCUCGGACUUGCUCAACUGUUCCCUGUCCGCGAACACCACGCCCGAGAAUCUGGGCAGCUCUGUGGUCGACAAGCAGCUGCGCGAGAAGGAGCACGAAAACGCCGAGCUGAGGGAAGAGCUGCAGAAGCAGAACGCAAUCUUGCUGGAGUUAAGCGAGAGUGUGGCUUGCUUCGUCGAGAAGCACAGCAUCGAGCCUGACCCGCUGGCAGACGAGAAGUCCCCAUUAGUGUUGUCCAGCAUUUAUAUGAUCGAGUUGACAUUUGCGGCGGAGGUGGCCAAGAACGCCCGACUACAGAAGCAGUGCGACAGUCAGACCAAGGAUUUCGACGAUCUUCACUCGAGGUUCCAGUGGUCAGUCGAAUCUCUGGAGAAACAGAGAGAACAGUUGGACGAGGCCAGGGCCAGGAUUGAUGAGCUUGAGGAGGAACUUGGAGAAGCAAGUCGGAGUCAUGCCAGAAAGAUUCGUCAAAUGCAGGAGGAUCACGAUCACGACAUUAACGUGUACCGCUUGGAGAACAAGAAGAUAAUUAAACUCAACGAUAAGCUCAAUGAGAUGGUGGCCAAGGGAGACGCACAUCUGGCCGAGAUCAAGGAGCAGCUGGGCGAGAAAGAGCGUCAGAUAGACGAUUUGGGUGCUCAAAUCUUGGAUCUGCACGAGCGGAACGAGUCGCUCGGAAAUAGGAUCACCCUGAUCGAUGAGGAGCGAAGCAGCGAGGCAAGCCGUUCGGAGAAGGAGCUGCGCUGUCAUACGUACUUGCGUGACAAGUAUAACCAUUGUCGAAGCCAGCUUAAGGAUAGGAUCGAGGACAUGGAUAAGUUGACCCACCAACUGGAUGCGUCUGACUGGGAGAGCGCGUGUCAACGCGUGCUCCAGUUGCAGUCUGAAUGCGAAUCUCUCAUGAUGACAAUGGAAUCGCUAAAUACGAACAUAAAGACAAGGGCGGAUGAGGUGCAGCGUCUCACCAGCCAACGGGAUGAGCUUAAUAUCCAAAACGAUUUUCUGAACCAGCAGUACGGCAAGUUAAAGGAGGAUUCAGACUAUUUUCUGGGCCGCAUCUCUAGCCUCUUAAGGGCCGAAAACUCUGUGACCUCUCUGACAUCCUCCAUCGACUCGACAACGGACGAAAUUGGCAAGCGAUUCCGUGAAAUUGAAUCGUUGGUCGAGCAGCACAUGAAAUCGUUUGAUGAGUCUGAGGCGAGGGUGAAUAGUUUGAAUGAUGAGUUGGCAGAUCUUCAGCGACGCAUUGCAGAGCUUACCAAUGAGAACGAGACACUGGUUGCCCAGAAGGUCCAAGAAGUGGACCAACUGGGUGAAGAAAUUGAAAAACGGAAUGACUUGAUUAAAAAACAGAAUGACGAGAUCGCCCCUCUCGCCAAAAAGGUUGGCCUGUUAGAAAAGGCUCUGAAAAAAACUCAGGACAAGUUGGCGAAGGCUCUUGUGAUGUCACAAAGCUUAAGUACGGCAGCCAUCAAUUCUAUUGCCGCCAUUGAGCCUCGUCUUUUGAAAUUGGGUUCAAUCUCCACUUAUGCGGGAUGCACUGAUUCAAAAGACCCCGCGCAAUUCCAAUCUUGGAUGACCCAGUUUGUAGACAUCUAUGACCAAAUGGAUGCCAGUCGCCAGACUCUGGAGGACCGCUGCGGUGAGGCCUCGAGGAAAAUGGAUACGCUUAGCAAGGCCAAGAAGCGACUGGAGGAGCAGGUGCAGCAACUGCAGAAUAAGUCGACCAACGAUCAGAUCCCUAUGCUAAAGCAACUCAACGAAACCAUCAACAACCUGGAGCUGGUGAACGACAAGCUGACCAAGGACAACAUUAAGCUUCAUGACAUGAAUCUGGAGUUGGGUGAGAGUCUAAUGAAGUCCCACAAGGAGGUGGAACGUCGCGCAACCAAAUACGUCCAGCUGGAGGCUGCGGAUAGGCGGAAGGCCAGCGAUCUGCAAGAUUGCCGAAAGAAGCAAGAUGAACAGAGAGCGGAACUGAAGUCCAUGCAGGAAAAAAUGGCCGCGUUAAAGGAAACGUAUGAGAAACAGAUUGAAGAACUGAAAGCUAACUGUGAACAGCGGUCCAAGGACGUUGAGAAAGAGGUGGAUGGAAGUCACGACUUGCAGGUAAACCUAAAGGAAAGUGAGGACAAGGUAUCAAAACUAGUGGAAGAGCACAAGCAACUGUUGAAGAGCACGAAAGAUGAGCACGAAAAGCGUUGCAAAGAGCUCGAGAAGCAGUUGGCCGAAAAGGAUGAAGAGCAGUCAAAGUUGAAGGCUUUGGAAGCAGAAUGUCAAAAGCGCUGCCAAGACAUCGAGAAGCAGCUGUCCGAGAAGGAGUCCCAGUCCUCGGAGUUGGUCAAAGAGCACGAAGAAGAAGUUAAGACAAUCAAAGCGGAGCUGGAGGAGGCUCGCUACCAGGAGAAGGAGAUGCGCCUAAAGGACAAAGAGCUGCGCGAGACCAUAGAGACCCACAAGCAACUCUUAAGAGAAGCUACUUCCGAUUUACAGGAUUCUCGCCUUCAGGAGCAGAGCAUGCGCCAAACUAUGGAGACCCACAAGCAACUAAUGAUGGAAUCGGGUCCCAGCGAGGAGGUCCUCAUUUUGCGUAACAAGCUGCAGGAGGAAGAGAAGCUUACGAAAGAGCUCAAAGCAAAGCUGGAGAAGCAAGGAGGCAGCGAGGAGCUUCUCAGCUUGCGCAAUAAGCUCCAGGAGGAGGAGAAGCUUAGGAAUGAGCUCAGGGUAAAGGUAGAGAAGCUGGAAUCCAGCGAGGAGCUUGUCAGUUUGCGUAAUAAGCUCCAGGAAGAGGAGAAGCUUACGAAUGAGCUCAGGGCAAAGGUAGAGAACCGAGAAUCCAGCGAAGAACUUCUCAGCUUGCGCAAUAAGGUCCAGGCGGAAGAGAAGCUUACGAAUGAGCUCAGGGCACAGCUGGAGAACCGAGAAUCCAGCGAGGAGCUGCUCAGCUUGCGCAAUAAGCUCCAGGCGGAAGAGAUGCUUACGAGUGAGCUCAGGACACAGCUGGAGAAUCGAGAAUCUAGCGAGGAGCUGCUCAGCUUGCGCAAUAAGCUUCAGGCGGAAGAGAAGCUUACCAACCAACUAAGAGCAGAGCUGCAGGAGCAACGACCCAGCGAGGAGCUUCUCAGUUUGCGUAAUAAGCUGAAGGAAGAAGAGAAACUUACGAAUGAGCUCAGGGCACAGCUGGAGAAUAGAGAAUCCAGCGAGGAGCUGCUCAGCUUGCGCAAUAAGCUCCAGGAGGAAGAGAAGCUUACGAACCAACUGAGAGCAGAACUGGAACAGCGAGGAUCCAGCGAGGAGCUUCUCAGUUUGCGUAAUAAGCUCCAGGAGGAAGAGAAACUUACAAAUCAGCUCAAGGCGCAGCUAGAGAAGCGAGGAUCUAACAAGGAGCUUGUCAGCUUGCGUAAUAAGCUUCAGGACGAAGAAAAGCUUACUAAGCAGCUCAGGACAAUGCUAGAGAAGAGAGAAUCCAGUAAGGAGCUUGUUAGUUUGCGUAAUAAGCUCCAAGAGGAAGAGAAGGUUACUAAGCAGCUCAGGGUGAAGCUAGAGAAGCAACGUAAAGAGUUGAGUAAGGCCAAGGCGGACCUGGAAGACUUGAAAAGCGCCGAGAAGGAUUUACACAGUCUACAAACCAAACUUAAGGACGAAGAGAAGCUUACUCAUCAUCUUAAGGAGGAGUUGAGCUCAGCUAAGGUCCAACUCGGAGGCGAUGCAAGCAGUACGACUGAACUAAGAAAACUGUACGACAACUCCAAGGAGGAGCUGAUCAGUUUGCGUAACAAGCUCGAGAACGAAGCGAAGCUUAUGGAUCAGAUGAAAAUGUUGCUAGACAAGCAACACAAAGAUCUGGCCAAGGCCAAGGAGCAGCUCAAGAGCGCCGAGAGCUCCAAGGAGGAACUGCUGGCUCUCCAAAGCAAACUUCAGCAUGAACAGAAACUUACGGAUCAGCUUAAGGAGGAGCUGAGCAAGGCCAAGGCCGAACUCGCAAGCAAUGCAAAUAGAACGACGGAACUUAAUAAAUUGUAUCAGAGCUCCAAGCAGGAACUGCUCAGUCUACAAACCAAACUUCACGACGAACAGAAACUUACGGAUCAUCUAAGGGAUCAGCUUAAAGACGAACUGGAUAAAUUGUGUGGCAGCUCCAAGGAGGAUCUGCUCAGUUUACAAACUCAGCUCCAGAACGAAGAGAAGAUCAGGAAUCUGAUCAAGAAGAAGCUGGUCGAGAAAGAGGAAGAGCUAAAAGCGACCAAGUCGCAACUUGAAAGCAAUGCAAAUCGCUCCAAGGAGGAGAUGCUCAGCUUGCGUAAUAAGCUCCAGGGCCAGGAGAAUCUAAGUCAUCAGCUCAAUGCCGAGCUGGCCAAGCAGCAGGAGCUGCUCAGCACAGCCAAUGCCCAACUCAAAAGCUACGCAGAUCUGCAAGCGUUGUACGACGUCUCCAAGGAUGAGUUGGUAAGGCUUUGGAAUAUGAUUCAAACGGAGCAACAGCUUUCGAAGCAGCUCAGAGCAGAGCUGAAGGCUCAGGCCGAUGCUCACCAGAAGGAAGUGGAUGGUUUGAAACUAGAAAGGGAUUCCAUACUGUGUGAGAUCCAAGUGGUUAAGCAGCGAAUGGUGAAGGCCGAGCGCGAGUACCAGGUCAGUCUGGCCACCCUGGAGGACCAAAUUGAAACGUUGGAGGAGCGCCAGAAACAGGCGGGACCAGAGUGUGCCGCUGCCAACGACCGGAUCAAAGAGCUGGAUUCAAGUUGCAAAGCCAAGGAGGAAUAUAUCGACGAUUUGAGGGAUCAGCUCUUGCAGGCCGAGCUCAUGUACGAUCGCCUGGAGCUAGCGAAUAGCUGCCAAGAUGGGGAGGUGCAAGAACGAAACCGACAGCUGGCAAAGAAAGAUGAAGAGAUGGCUGAAUUGCGCAAUUGCGCUGAGCGUAACCAGAAGCAGGGGCAGCAGGAUAUGGUAGAGUUGCAGCAACGUUUGGAUAGCGAGAUGGUCAAACGCCAAAAGGCCGAGGAACAGUUGGCCGCAGCCAGCGGACGACUAACCGAUCUUGUCCAGGAAUUGGACGGCACACGACUCGUCCACGAUGCCUGUCAAUUCGAGCUGGAGGAGAAGACGCGCGAGGUUGAAACCAUUCGUGCCGAGUCGACGGAGCGCAUCCGUUCCUAUAAGGAGCGCCUGGACGCCCUAUCACAGCAGCUGGCCCAAUGCAAGGAAGACCUGGCCGAGCUGAGAUCGGCCAACGAGAGCCGAUCGCAGAGUCCAAAAGAUCUUGGUGCCACCUACAGCAAGGCGGAUGCCCCGGAAGCGGACUCCAAUCUCGGCCAGCUGCACCAGGAGGCGGUGCGAAACAGCAAGCUUGCGCUGGACUGCCAGAUCCUGCAGGCCAAGUAUCGCGACGCCAAGGAUGAGAUCCAGCGCUGCGAGCAGAAGAUCAAGGACCAGCGUCUCGAGAUGGAGGGCAAGUUGGACAAGAUGAAGACCAAGAUGCGCUCCUUGUACACGGCGGAGGUGACCCGCAUGAAGGAGAAGCAGGAACGGGAUGCGGCCAAGAGUGCGUCCGAGAUGGAGGCCCUCACAGCCCAGAACGCCAAGUACGAAGAGCACACGCGCAAGCUGUCCAACCAGAUUGUCCGGCUGAACGAGAAAAUCCUGGAGCAACAGAAGCAGCAUGCCAUCAUCAGCACCAAGUUGCGCCAUCUGCAGAUGCAGCCAGUGUGCGAGGCGAGGCCCACCACUGCCACGAUAACCGUUUCCUCCAGCUCAUCGACGGCGGCCACCGAGGAUUGGCAGCCCUUCAAGCGGCCCAGUGCCCCGUCCUCCAACCUGGCCAUGGAGGAUGAGGAGGGCGAGGUGUUCAACAACACCUACCUGACGGACCUCAAACUGGGACGUGUGCCCGCGGACAUGACGGCUGAGGAGCUGAUCUAUAGGAACUCGCUGCAGCCGCCACACCUGAAGAGCACUUAUGCCGCCCAGUAUGAUCUGGGCAGCCAGGACGAAGAUCUUAAAGACGGACCACACAGUCUGGAUGACAGCAUGAGUGCCCUGCUGAGCUCCUCGAGCACUGGGACGCGCAAGAAGUCCAUGGGCACCCAUUACAAGCGGCCGGGACCGCCCACGCCGAGCAAGAACGGUGGCAGGUUGUCCUUUGGCAGUUCGGAGCCGCCGCGCGAGAUCCUGCGGGAGUUCGGCGACCACCACAACAACACCUCCAAGACGCCGGCGCGCUUUAAGUUCCUCACGCAGCGCUUCAGCGUGGGCAGCAGCGGUUUGCCCCGGGAUGAGCUGCCGCGUCGCAAGCGGCCGAAUCUUCUGACCGGAAUACAGCGCCGUAGGCUGCGCCAGGCGGUGGGUUUGUUUUGUACAUCAACGCCCCGCAAGAGCCGCUCCUACUACGAUCAGCAGCGUCUGAUCCGCGCCAGCGAUGCGGACACAUCGGAGGCGCAAGUCGAAGUAGAGGAGGAGGAAGAGGAGGAGAUGGUAAUGGAGGCAGAGGAGGAGCGCCCAGAGGAUCAGGCUGAGCAGCAGGGCACUCCGCACUUGUCCACUGCAGCGCUGUUGGCCCUGACCAAGGGCAACACCCGCCGCCUGACUGGCCAAAUGAAGCAACGGAAGGGCCGCGUUUCCCUCUGCAUACACGGCAACAUUUUCGCCAAGAGCCGUACCGCGGCGGCGUUGAAGGUGUCCCAUCAGGUGGUGUCCGGAAAGCGGGUUCUGCUGCGUCGAAAGUUGCGCCAGGAGCGGUUGGGCCGCUUCGAUCAGGCCCGCCACCUGGACCAGGUCUCCUUCGCCAAGUCGCCCGAUUCCGCCGACAAUAACAACUACAGUCUGCACAAUCGCAAUGAGGAGCAGCAGCAGCAGCAGCUCCUGAUGGGCCGGACGGUGGUGCUGGGUGGCAAGAGGCCAAGGAGUCCUGUCGUGUCCACCACUUUCAACGUGGAGCAGCACAGCGAGACCUGGCAGCUGCAGCAGCAGUUCGAGUCCGAGAACCUGGCCACCUGGGCCAUGGAGAAUGACCAGAGUGCCUUGGACGAGACCCAGGAGGUCUGGCAUUUCGAGCAGCUGUGCCAGGAGACGGAGUCCACGGCUCCCUUCCAACUGCAGCCGCUUAACUAUGAGCCAGCCGUUGAACCAGCGCCGGCGGAACUGAAGCUACCGCAAUUGGUCAGCUCGUGCAGCAACAUCACCGAUGCCAGUUGCACCACCAACAUGACCAGCACCUCAUCCCGGCGAUCCACCUGCACCGUCUACUCGAUGGGCAGCGUGCACAUGCAGCCGAUGCCGCAGAUCAAUAUCACCUAUGUCCAGCCCACGGGCUCCCAGCUGGCCAGGUCCAUGCACAACCGCUCGCUGCCGGCUCAGUGCAGGCGAAUCCUGUGCCGCCUUAGCUUCGGCGAGCGGGUGAUCGUGGGCUUGAUCCUGCUGGCCAUCGUGGGGCUGUGCUGCCUGCAGCUGGAGAACAGGACGGUGCUGGUCCUCACCGCCGUGCUGGCCGCCAUGGGCCUGCUUCUCCUCACCGUUUCGUUUGCCGGUCGCCAUUAGAAACGCCACAAUAAAAACCAGAAACCAAAGCAAUGGAAAUCGCACAGAUUUCGCUUAGCCAUGUGUAAUGCCCAUCGUUAUGUGUGUACUCAUCUCUUGUCCAUUUACAGAACUCGCCGCCCAAGCGCCGUCUCAGCAACAUGUUCAAGCGCAAGUAGCUGCCGUCGCAGUAUUAUCUACUCAUUUUCCGAUCCAGAUCCACAUCCAGAUCCAGUCUCCGCUGCGUCCACCUGAUUAUCACAAAUACUUUUCGGAUUCAAUUGGGAAAUCUUCAUUUAUUAUUGGAAUUAAGCUUUUUUUUUCUGCCUCAGUUAAACCCUUUCUGGAUAUAAAAAUCUAUGUUUAUUAUAUGUUUAAAUGGUACCAUAUCAAGAAGAACAUCAGAUGAAAAAUAAAAUUUU